GAAGCUGAAUUACUUUGAUUUGAGCAAUAAUCAAUUGCAUGGAGAACUUUCCUCAACCUGGGGCCAAUGCCGAAACCUGCAAUCCCUAAGGAUGGCUGGGAACAAUAUUACUGGUAAGAUACCUCCAGAGCUUGGUAUGUUAACUCAAUUGCAUGAACUUGACCUUUCUUCAAAUUACCUGGUGGGAGAAAUUCCUGAGGAAUUUGGUGAGUUAACAGUUUUGCUAAAGCUCAAUCUGAGUAGCAACCAACUUUCUGGAAGUUUACCUUUAGAAGUUGGAAGGCUAUACAGCCUCACAUAUCUUGAUUUGUCAACAAACAGUUUGAGUGGACAAAUACCAAAUGAAAUAGGGAAUUGCUCCAAUUUAAUAUAUCUGGAUUUAAGCAACAACAAAUUGAAUGGAAGCAUUCCAUUUCAAAUUGGUAGUCUGGUUCACCUUCAACUUCUAUUGGAUCUUAGUCAAAACAAGUUCAGUGGAGAGAUACUGUCGCAGUUUAUAAAUUUAGGGAACUUGGAAAAGUUAAAUCUCUCCCACAAUCAACUCUCAGGUACCAUUUUUUCUGCAUUUGCUGGAAUGUCUAGCUUGACAUCCAUUGAUAUAUCUUACAAUGAGUUCGAGGGUCCACUUCCAAACAACAAAGCUUAUCAAAAUGCUACAAUAGAAGAUUUAAGAAACAACAAAGCACUGUGUGGCAAUGUAAGUGGUCUGCAACCUUGCAAAUCAUCCUCGUCGAAAGGAGAAAAUGCAAAACCAGACCAUAAAAUCCUGAUUAUUGUCUUGGUUCCAUUGGUGGGUCUGCUAUUACUUCUGUUUGCUUUUGUUAGUAUCGCUUGUGUUUGCCACCGAAGGGAAAGAAUUAUUGAGACAGAGCAAAGAACACCACCACGUGAUACAGAUUUAUUUUCAAUAUGGAAUUACGAUGGAAGAAUAGUUUAUCAAGAAAUUAUUGAAGCAACAGAGGAUUUUGAUACCAAAUAUUGCAUUGGGAUGGGAGGAUAUGGAAGCGUAUACAUAGCAAAGCUAUCAACGGGUCAAGUAGUUGCUGUCAAAAAGCUUCACCAAUCAUUACAAGAUGAGUGUGAGGAUACCAACAUACAAACAUUUAGAAAUGAGAUUUGUGCAUUGAAGAAACUGCGACACAGAAACAUCGUGAAACUAUAUGGUUUUUGUUCAUCUAUGUUGCACUCCUUUUUAGUGUAUGAGUAUUUUGAGAAAGGAAGCUUGGCUAAGAUCCUCAACAACAAUGAGCUUGCAUUGGAAAUGGAUUGGAUCAAAAGGGUUAAUGUUAUUAAAGGUGUGGCAAAUGCUUUGUCUUACAUGCACCAUGAUUGUUCACCACCAAUCAUUCACCGUGACAUAUCGAGCAACAAUGUUUUGAUGGAUGAAGAAUAUGAGGCAUCUGUAUCUGACUUUGGCACUGCUAGACUUCUAAAACCCGAUUCAUCCAAUUGGACUUCUCAGGCGGGGACUUGUGGAUAUGUUGCUCCAGAGCUUGCCUACACGAUGAAGGUGACUCGAAAAUGUGAUGUUUAUAGCUUUGGAGUACUAACAUUAGAAGUGCUGAUGGGAAGGCAUCCAAGUGAAUUCAUCUCUACACUACUAUCAUCGUACUCAAUAAUGCCAUCAACAGAGCAAAUGAUAUUGUUGAGAACUGUGUUGGACAAACGGCUUUCUCCUCCCACGAUUGACAUGGUUGAAGAACUCUUAGCUGUUAUGAAGCUAGCAAUCUCAUGUUUAGCAACUAGUCCACAAUCUCGGCCUGACAUGCACUAUGUGUGUGAGAAACUAUCAUCUUAAAGCCA